UUGUGUUGCGAAUCGUUUGCUCGCCGUUUGAUUGCAGUGAAGAUGAGUAAAGAAGUGAUCGCUGGACUCAAUCUGACGCCCGAACAGCAAAGGAGCGGAGCGUUUGGCAAGAGUCCCAAAUGUGCCCGAUGUAGGAAUCACGGCAACGAUGUCGACCUCAAAAGUCACAAAAGAAAGUGCCCGUGGAAAGCGUGCAAUUGCAGCAAGUGCAUUUUAAUCGUGGAGAGACAGAAGAUAAUGGCCGCACAAAUUGCGCUCAGAAGACGACAACAACAACAGGAGGACGACGUGGAGAUGGAAAUGGAAGAGACAGACUCUUCGCCAACUCAUCACUCGAACGCCAAUCAAACAAAUUCACAGCAAAAUAGUGCCAAAAGUAGUGCCGCCGAAGACAGCACUUCAAUAGACACCGAUUCCGGCCGAGAAACUGAUAUAAAAUCUGAACAGUUAGACGAUUCUUAUGAUGAAAAUUCGGAAUCGGAUGAAGAGAUGACCGAUAAAGUGAAGAAAUUAAUUGAAUCAAUGAAACGUCGAGGAAUUGAUUCAAAUUCUGUCACAUUUUACUUAUUGUAUACAAUACUUGACUGCAAUAACGGAAGUGUCAAAAAGUCGACCGAAAGAAUAUUUCAAUCAGCCAUUUCUAAAGUGAAUCAACAUUUGAUGGCAUUCAGAGGAGCCAUCAAUUCAUUCAAACCAAUCCAUAAGGAAUUGCAAAUCACCACAAUGAUGCCAUCCGUCAUCACUGGUUCUCUUAUACCGCCGAUGACAUCUGGUAUAUCAUUCAAACCGAGUUCAUCGAUGGGUUCGCUGUUAUUUGUGGUCAAAAGUAGUGCCCCGAAUCAGAUGCCACUCAUUUGCCCUUUUGUCAACAGUAAUGACCCAACGAAUGACAAUUGGUGUGAUCUCAUGAAACUCUUACCCCCUUUGCCACCACUGAGACCGCCGCCGGUCACCAAAUUAUGUUCGUCGACGGUAUCGACGGCCUCGACAUCACCGGCGAUACCAUCAAUCGAUUCGACCAUCACUUCUAAAACCAACUCAACAAUGUCUGUUACAUACGAUUUCACGGGUAAAGUAGUGUUAAUCACGGGCUCGAGUUCGGGUAUCGGUGCGGCCACUGCUGUCCAAUUCGCCCAAUCGGGUGCUAGUGUUGUGGUCACCGGUCGUAAUGUCGACACUGUCUCAGAUGUGGCCAAACAAUGUCUGAAAGUAUCGCCGAAAGGGGUUAAAGCACUGGAAGUGACGGCAGAUGUGACCAAACAGGAAGACCUCCGGCGACUCGUCGACCAGACUAUCAAACAUUUUGGUAAACUUGAUAUUCUGGUCAAUAACGCGGGCGCAACCAUUAAAGCCAAUGUCACUGAUAGUGAUUUCUACCAGAAUUACGAGAAAGUAAUGGCAAUUAAUCUCAAUUCUGUGGUCUAUUUAACCCAUAUAUGCGUCGAGUAUUUGGAGAAAACCAAAGGAAACAUCAUUAAUAUAUCGAGCGUUGCAGGAAUGAGAACUUCCCCCAACAAUGGACCUUAUUGUAUGGCAAAGAGUGCACUCGACAUGUUUACCAAGUGUAUGGCUGCUGAGUUGGGAGCCAAACGCAUCCGGGUUAAUGUUAUCAACCCCGGACCCGUUCGCACCAACUUUACAACCUCUUUGGGAAUGUCUCUAGAAAUGAGGGACAAAGUGAUGGCCGCCUUCGGGAAUGUCAUUCCUGUUGGUCGUGUGGGAGAGUCCGAUGAUAUCGCUGACAAUAUACUAUACCUGGCCAGUGACCAUGCUGCUUUUGUCAACGGCAGUCAGCUUGUAUCAGAUGGCGGUUUGGUUGCUUCAAAUAAUCUCAAUUUUGAUCUCGUUAAGAAAUAUAUGGAAUAA